UCCCUCCAUCCCUCGAUCGCCAUGGAACCUGAGAGCUCUGCACCGUUUCCGUCGACAUGGCAGGACGUAGCGCAGGAGCGACCCAUGGAAUCCAGCAAGGACACUUCUUCGGUGGCGGAGCAGUUGGUGGAUAGGUUCGAGCAGAUGCUGGCGCUCCGCGACCGGGAGCUCUUCCGGCGCUUGGAAGAGACCAUGGGGCGCAUGACCACAAAGGCCGUGCCCCUGGGCCCGGUGCCCGGCCUGCCGGCCUCUCCGCGCGUGACCAGCAUCACCUGGGCAAGCGGGGACAGUACUGCCGGGACGGUGCCGGCCACCAGCACCCAGACACGCGGCACAGCACAGUCGCGCUGCGCGAGCCGGGCAGCGGUGGAGAUGAAACUGCGAGAGCUCUGUGAGAUGAGCAAAGCGGCCGAGAGCGUCUACAACGUGAUCCCCGUU